CGUGAUAAAAAGUUUCAUAAAUAUCUCAAUUUUUUUUUUCUCACUCAAUUAUCUAUCAGCUUCUUUUGAUCUGCCUCUUUUUAGGAAGCAAGGAGGAGAUUCUUUGCAGAGUCCUUUGGUCUACCUCUCACAAAGAGAUAAUGCCAAAGAAUAAGGGAAAAGGAGGUAAGAAUAGGAAGAGAGGAAAAAACGAAGCAGAUGAAGGGAAACGUGAGCUCAUAUUUAAAGAAGAUGGGCAAGAGUAUGCACAAGUGCUUCGCAUGCUUGGCAAUGGCCGUUGUGAGGCCAUGUGUGCUGAUGGCACCAAGCGUCUUUGUCACAUUCGUGGGAAGAUGCAUAAGAAGGUUUGGAUUGCAGCUGGUGAUAUAAUUCUUAUUGGGUUGCGUGACUAUCAGGAUGAUAAGGCUGAUGUUAUCUUAAAGUAUUGGAGAUAUGAAGCUAGGCUUUUAAAGUCCUAUGGUGAACUUCCUGAGAGUACACAUCUCAGUGAGAGUAUUGCAGGAGUUCUUGAUGAGGAUGAUGAUGGUGUUAGCGAUGAUUAUAUUGAUUUUGGGUUUAAUUGCACUGAUCCAUCUGGAUCGUUCAUUGAAGAAUAAGAGGAGAACAAAGCGCCAAUGGUAAAUGAAGUUGUUAGAGCUGUAAGAGUUUCCUUAGAGACUCAAAAGUCAAAGAUAUUUUGUGUGUUAAUUUUAGUUAGUAUAAUGUUUAGUGUAAAGGAGUGAUAAUGCAUAAUUUAUGGAGUAAAUUCUGAAAAGUAAUUCUGCAGUAAGUAUGGCUCAUAUACUGCUUUUGUAAUGUGUCUCUUAUACAAGGAGCUUUAUGUUAAUGAAAGUGUGUGAGUGCAUAUGUUCUAUUCCAGAAAAACUUA